AUGCGUAAGAUUUUUCCCUGUUGUGCCCGGAGGAAUCAGGAGGAGGAUGUGGAGUCGAUCCAACUCCUGUACCAUCAUCCACAACAAGGGUUCCACUCUCUUGAUAUUGGUCCGAACCCGUUCACGGAUGUAUCAGGGACACGACCACCAAGACCGCUGCCUAUUCCACCGAGUUUGCAGGAUUCAAAUGAUGCAUCACAGCAUGUCCCUAGCAGCUCAAAGAGGCUACAAAAGUACUCCGUGAAUUCCGAUGUACCGUAUCAACAUUCAAACCAUGAUCGAAGGAUAGGAAGUGAAGCUGAGAGACAUGUACACCGUCGAAGCCAGUCACGAAUAGAUAGAGAGAGAUAUCAGAUUGGGAAAUUGAGCAGAGAAGAGUUGCAGAUUCAAACCGAAAGAAGGAGUCUGGAUCUAGAGGAAAGAGAUCAUGAAAACGAUGUUCCACUCGCAACCAAAAUAGAUGCCAGUUUUCUAGCUGCAAGGAUUUCUCUUUACAAAGAGAAGAAGAAGAUAGCAAUGACCCCAGAAAGAUGGGAGAAUGCCUCGAGGACGAUAAAACUCCUUAAAGCUGAACUAAGAGUUAUAAUGAAUGGAACAAUGGAGAUAAGCUCGGAUAGCGACAGCCAAGACGAGUUUACACGUGCAAAAACAGUUGUCAGUGAGGCGGAAUACCCGUGGUCCUAUAAGGAUGAGAGUUUCAGAGAUAAAAAAUAUUUUGAAUGGAAUGGUGAAGAACUACCAAGUGAAGCAGACUUUGGUGAAACUCAUCUUCAAAAUCUGCAAACUGACAUGAGAGAUAGAGCCAAUGCUUUCAUGAUUAUGAAAAACUGCUGCGAUGAAAGCGAAAACAGCCCAAGUGAAUACUAUAGCGAGAUCGAGCCAGUCAGAGUAAGAAAUUACACAGAGAGUCGGAGUUUACAGUCGAAUGAUAGCUUUAGCGAAAGAGAAAGUGAGUUCGAAAGGCUAAGAGCUAGAAUAAGCGCUCAACUCCGAGCCAAUGAUGACACAGAAUAUUCUCGUGGAAUUGAACAAAGGCAGAGGAGCAUUGACAGGAAAGCCGCUGGAAGAGCAGAAACGAAAGAGACAAAGUUAGCUGAACGUCCAAUUCAAAGAAGUAGGAUUGAACCAGCCACACAAGUAGCAAGAAAAGCCCCAAUAAGAGAAGCCAUUGGAAAGCAGAAGGAAGAGCACAAAGAAAGCUCAAGCGAAAGUGAGCUUGAAGUAAGCUCUGGAGAAACUGGGCUUCAGUUAAUAAGAGCUCAAAUAAAAGCUAAACUCAGAGCUCUUGACGAAAGAGAAAAAUAUCUUGAACAUGAAAUGAGGCAGAGGAGCAUUGAAAGGAAAGCCAGUGGACGGACAGAAAGGAGCGUAAGCUCAAUUCAAAGAAGCGGGAUUGAGGAAGUCACACAAGUUGCUAGAAAGGCUCCAGUAGAAGAAUCCAUUAGAAAUGAGAAGGAAGAGCCCAUAGAAAGUGCAAGCGAAGGCGAAAUUAAAGGAAGCUUUGGAGAAACCGAGCUUGACAGGAUUAAAGCCAGAAUAAGAGCUAAU